CGAAUGAUUUGAAAUCUGGUUUUAACUGUGUGCGUGUCUACUAUUUGCAGCAAUUAACCAAUUUCCUUUUAUAGGCAGGGAUGAUUUCAUGAAGUCCUUUUAGUGAAAUCUUAAAUGUGAAACACAAAUGCCAUUCUGAUUCCUGAUUGCUACUGCGCAUGCUUUCACUGUUUCGGGGGUUGGGAGAAACUUAAAUAAGAGGAUAAUAAAUAACAGGCUGAACUGGAAUGAGCCACAACAUAUCAACUGUAUGUCUGCUGCUUAUAUUGCUGCUGCACAGACCUCACACGGCAUCGCUUUCAAAGAUACCUUGGGCCUUUUUGAAAUCCUAUUCUACACAAGGCAUAACCAGUCGGAGAUUUCUGUUCAUUGUCUAAUGUCUGAAAGACGUUAUUACUUCAAAGCAGAGCAGCGAUAUAAUACCUCAGGUGACGGCGAAGAGGAAUCUCAUGUCAAUGUGACCCCUUUGUAUCCUUGUGAUAACAACAACAACAAAGAAUGUGACAUUAAUCAUAGCGAGCAAGAGCCUGACAAUGACGACGAUUUGGAGUUCCUGCAAGACGUACCCAACUCACCCAGUAGCAUUGAUCGCAGCUCCAUUGGCUCAAUACCCUGGGCGGACGAUGCUAUAAAAAAAAACAAACUGGAUUGGGAAAAAGUCGAACGCAUGUUGACUGGAGAAGCUCCCCUGAUAGAAAUGGAGCCUGACCUCCGACACGAAAUUAGUGACUGGCAUAAUAAAUUUCCAUGUGUGUUGGCUAUUGAAAAGAAGCCUCUAAUGGAAAAAAGAUAUGAUGCUAAUGUUCAUUUUCAUGAUAGAGAAUUGGAUUCUAUCUCUGAUCUGAGUCUUAAUUCAUUGAAUGAAUAUGGCGAUAGUGGAGAGCAAGAUAAUGGAUUCUUAACGCCAACAGUAGGAUACCAGUGGAUACCCAAAAUGCCUACAGCUCUGAAUUAUAUUCGUUCUGCUAAAAAUCUUGACACUAAACAUGAAAUUGACCUGCAGGUCACACCGUUGAAACUCAACCUAAGAAAACGCGAACACUCCCAGUCGUCAUUAACGCAUAGGUCACCUCAAUCCAUCACAACUGCUACUGCCACAGCAGCAGUAACAUGUGUACGUUCCUAUCUCAGAAUGCCGCCCAUUUUCAACGUAGUCGAUUCCAACCAUCGUUUUCGAGGCCUACUUAAUAAUCGAAGUUUUGUGCAACUAACACAGGUUCAGGUUCAACAACAGCCAAAGUCUGCUGCAAUAUUAUACGCAAGUAGUGCAGAGCGGAGACAGCCUGCAGGCAUUUGUACAGCUUGGCAUAUGCCUAUGGUCUCCACACGGUUUCUUAGCAACAAGCAUAGUAUUGUGCUGCCAUCCCUGAAUCCUCAAAGAGACCAUUCAACGACUUGUGCAACAUCUAGCCAUAGUAUUUCGAGUAGUGUCUUAAUGAGCGGAGACAAUAGCACAAUAUCAUCACUGCGCUCCGCAGAACCCAUUUACAAAACCCAAUGUAAAGAACAAUUUCAUAUGUCGUUAGCGCAAUUGCGAACUAAUUCAAUAACUCCAUCACCUGUACGUUCAAUUUCAGCUGCUGUGCAUAAUCCUCGCGCUGAACUUGUAGCUGGCAAUGGAUACUCUUUACCAUAUAGUGCAAAAUUAAAAGCACAUAAAUAAUCAAAUUCUAAUAUUGUAUCCAACGAUAAAAUGUUCUCUUACAUCUCUACGUUAAAUUAUUAAAACAGAACCAUCGCAUAAGGGGGAUACAAUUAUUAACUGAGUGGCACCAAGAAACUCCAGUGAAACAAUUUUUGGAUCAGUAGAAUUUGAGUUAGCAAAUAAAAAGAAUAAUUAAUACUAAAAGGAGUUAACAUUUGAUGGCCUUAGGAGCUAACACUCACCACCCUUUAGUUAUUAUAUAUUUUGUAUAAUAAUUAAGCAUGUAAAUAGUAACAAUAUGAUUUUCCACAUUAUAAUACCUAAUAAAGAAUUCUUAAGCUUUAGAGUUAUUUUCAUAUCAAUCAAAAUAGUCCUUGGAAAUGAAUACACUGAAUACAUUAUCUACAAUAACUGUGUGCUACAAGUCUGAUUUGAAAGAAUCCUAAAAUGAAUUAAUCAUUUUAGUUAUAAAAAGAAAAAUACACAAAAUUAAUUUA